CAUUGGACAAGAUAAUUUUUAAACACGGCAUUCAUGGAAACCAGGAUUUUUCUUAAGUGGCAUAUUAAUGUAAGUUAAGAUAAGGUUACGAUUUGGAUUUUUAGUCGUUAUUAUGCAAUUUUUUCUACCUGAUGUUUUUACCGUGUAAAAAGAAUGAUUCAAGAUUAAAGAUUGAACACGUGCGCCCCUGUAACUGACAAAAAGACAAUGUAGCGUACUUCGUAAAACUGAUGUGCCUCUUUACUAAGUUACGUGAUUAGAAAAUUAUCAAACGAUAAGGUGGCAUACAAUCUUAUGAAUGUCUGAUGUUUCCUCUCCACUUUUACUACCUCUCGCAUUAAACCAGUGAUUACCUAAGCUCUCAGAAAUUCAUUGUUCCUUUUCUCUUUAUUAAACUUAGAAGGCCUCGCGACUGAGUAACAUCGACAACAUUCAGUCAUGCUUCAAUCAUCUGGCAUUGCCAUAGCAACGGUACACUCUAUACUCGUCGUGAUAAACAUCGUUGGAAAUUGUCUCGUUUGUGCGAUCAUAAAGAAACAUGGAGACAUGAGGACUCCCAUUAACUAUCUACUUGUGAAUCUGGCUGUAGCGGAUGCCUUGUAUGCGACCUUAAUUACACCGGAGACUUUCUUCAAGAUCACUCCCACGCACCCAGAAGGAUUAGCUGGAACAGUUUUAUGCAAAAUAAUAACAGGUGGAGGUGGAAACCUCGCCUGGAUUGCUGGAACCUCCUCGGUUGUUACUUUGGCUGCAAUUGCCGCUGAACGAUAUUAUGCAGUAAUCUAUCCUGCUGGUAACGCGGGCAAACUUACCAAGAGUAAACUAAAGGGUACGUACGAUCCAUGUCCACUCUCUGUUCUUGAUGGUAAUAAUGAUGGGCGCCAGCCCGAUUUUUCGCAGGAAUUCUUGGUUAUAGAUGCGCUCUGGCCAUCUGAUGCGCAGAAUCGGACGGAGACAGAUGUUGAUGAAGAGCUGCAUUAUGAGGUCCAAGUUCUUAGUGCGCCUCCAGUUUUUCAGAGACAGCCUCUUAAAUUUCUAUUUGCGUCGCUGUUUCAGGUGUUCAUUCCCGGUUCUUGGAUCUUCGCUUUGAUAGUCCACAUACCACUGUUCCUAGCCUUAAACGUAAAGGACAAUGCCUGUGCGUGGAGCCAUGAAUGGAUUUCCAAAGUUUAUUUUUCGUAUUGGUCAGCCAUCGUAAUUGCGGCCAUGGUACUGAUGGCUGGGUUGUAUUCCAGAAUCGUGUGCACCUUGUGGUUCAAACAUGAUCCCGACAAUCAACUCACCUUCCAACAGAGGGGCGUCCUGAGAGUGCGGAAGCGAGUCACUUUGAUGGGGGUAACUGUCACUGCUAUAUUCGGAAUCUGUUGGAUGCCUGACGUAAUUGUGCACAACUUAGGCAGCAACGCAUCUCUCAGUAUCAGUGAAGAUGUAUACGCCGUUACUCAUACGGUAAUACUGUUCAGUUCCGCUGUCAACCCAUUUGUGUACGCUCUGGUCAACAAAAACUUCCGAGAGAAGCUAAAGGGAAUGAUAUGCUGUAGCUGCACCAGCUCCACAGGAUCCACACGAACUCGAGGUUUUCCUACAAAAUUAACCUCCACGGCAGGGACAUAAUCUUUGGAGUGAUCAAAAAAUCUAACACAUUUCUUCUGUUAAUGCUGCUUUUUUUUAGUUAGAGGAAAAUGUGACGGCAUUA